AUGCACAGAGCAGCGUCGCGAUUCGUCGCCGCCGCAAUCUCGAGGCCGUUGCCGGCAUGUCGAAUCGCAGUAGCCUCUCAGCGGCAUCUGAGCACCGGCAUGCGGAUCCCAGUCAUUGCCGCAUCACGGCCUCACGCCAGGAAGACACAGCGCCCCAUCCCGAGCGGCGUACGGACAAUCUUCAUCCAGACUGAAAACACACCAAACCCGGAUGCCCUCAAAUUCUUACCGAACCACCGCAUCAUCCCGCCAGACAUGAGCACCCCGUUUAUAGAGUAUCUAAACCCGCGAGCUACGAUUUCUCCGCCGCAUCCCUCGCCCUUGGCCGCGAAGCUCAUGAACAUUGACGGCAUAACCUCAGUCUUCUACGGAGCCGACUUUAUCACCGUAACCAAGGCUGGAGAUGCCAAUUGGGCCCAUGUGCGACCCGAGAUCUUUGCUCUCAUAACCGAGGCUAUCACUUCCGGCGAGACUAUAGUCAACGUCGCGGAGCGCAAGGGGGACGAAUCCGCGGCUGUGGAAGAAGACAGUCUUGCUUACAACGAAAACGACAGCGAGGUGGUGGGCAUGAUCAAGGAGCUGCUGGAAACGAGAAUCCGCCCGGCCAUCCAGGAGGACGGUGGUGACAUUGAAUUCCGCGGCUUCGAGGAUGGCCAGGUGCUGCUAAAGCUGCGUGGAGCUUGCCGGACAUGCGACUCAAGUACAGUGACAUUGAAAAAUGGCAUUGAGGGCAUGUUGAUGCAUUAUAUUGAAGAAGUCCAGGGAGUAAAGCAGAUCCUGGACGAGGAAGAAGAGAUUUCUCUGCAAGAGUUUGCCAAAUUUGAGGAGAAGCUGAAGCAGCAGCAGAAGGUAGCCGAGGCAUCAUGA